AGAGAGAGGGAGAGAGAGACAGCGAGACAGGAGACAGAGCCCGAGCUGAGGUGGCCCGUGGGUGGCAGAGGCAGAUGCCCCACCAUGAUCCCCUAUCCUGUGCAUCACAAAGCCAUUUAUGUCUCCCCCUUUCUGUGAAGCCCCCAAGACACUUAUUCUCAAACCAUGGUGCUCAGAAUCGGGCCUGUGGGCCACUGGGCCACACACCAGACAGCCCCUGACCCCCAAGGGGCACAGGCAUGGUGGGUCUGGCGUGGGCUCCAGGCUACCUUGCAGCACCUCAUAACAUGGACAAGGCUCCUGGCCACCACCACCAGCGAUGAUGACCUGCCCGGGGACCUGCAGUCGUUGUCCUGGCUCACGGCGGUGGACGUGCCGCGGCUGCAGCAGAUGGCGAGUGGCCGUGUGGACCUGGGGGGCCCCAGUACACCACACCCACACCCAGGUGCCUUGGCCAGGGCGGCUGACCUGCAUGUGGGAGCCACGCCGGGUGCACUGCUCCACGGCCCGGCCGGCAUGGCCCCCCCUGGCCUGCUAGGCCUGGGCCCCCUAGCCAGUCACGGAGCCAGCAUGAACCAGAUCCCCGUGGGGGGCCAGCCCUCAUCCGGCCUGCAGGACCCGCAGCAGCUGUAUUCACCUGCCUCCCAAACACAGUUACCGCUCCCCCCAGGUGGCCAGCAGUGCCCGCCUGUGGGCCUGUAUGGCUCCCCGUUUGGAGCACGGCCUCCCUACCCCCAGCCCCGCAUGGCUGUGCACUCAUCUCAGGAACUGCACCCCAAACACUACCCCAAGCCCAUCUACUCAUACAGCUGUCUGAUCGCCAUGGCCCUGAAGAACAGCAAGACAGGCAGCCUGCCUGUGAGUGAGAUCUACAGCUUCAUGAAGGAGCACUUCCCCUAUUUCAAGACGGCUCCCGACGGCUGGAAGAACUCCGUGCGGCACAACCUGUCGCUGAACAAGUGCUUCGAGAAGGUGGAGAAUAAGAUGAGUGGCUCCUCGCGCAAGGGCUGCCUCUGGGCCCUGAACGUGGCCCGCAUCGACAAGAUGGAGGAGGAGAUGCACAAGUGGAAGAGAAAGGAUCUUGCCGCCAUCCACCGGAGCAUGGCCAACCCCGAGGAGCUGGACAAGCUGAUCUCGGACCGGCCAGAGAGCUGCAGGCGGCCUGGCAACCCCGAGACCCCUGUGCUGACUCAUGCCACCACAGUAGCCAUGGCCCAUGGCUGCCUGGCUGUCUCCCAACUUCCACCCCAGCCACUGAUGACUCUGUCCCUGCAGUCGGUCCCCCUGCACCACCAGGUCCAGGCCCAGGCGCAUCUGGCCCCAGACUCUCCCGCCCCGGCCCAGACCCCACCCCUGCAUGCCCUGCCGGAACUGAGCCCCAGCCCCCUGCCCCACCCUGCCAUGGGAAGGGCCCCUGUGGACUUCAGCAACAUCGGCAGCGACAUGAGCACUGAGGUGGAUUCCCUGGACCCCAGCAUCAUGGAUUUCGCUCUGCAGGGGAACCUCUGGGAGGAGAUGAAGGACGGGGCCUUCAGCCUGGACACGCUUGGCGCCUUCGGAGACUCGCCCCUGGGCUGUGAGCUGGGGGCAGCGGGCCUGACCCCCGCCUCUGGUGGCAGCGACCAGUCCUUCCCAGACUUGCAGGUGACGGGUCUCUAUGCCACGUACUCAACCCCAGACGGCGUGGCCGCAUCAGCCACCUCCUCCUCCUCCCAGUACCUGGGCGCCCCAGGGAACAAGCCCAUCGCCCUGCUCUGAGGUGACGGCUUCACCUGCCCCCAGCACUGGGGCCUGGGCAGGAGCUCAUGGAGCCUGUGUUCCUGGAAGCAAGGCCCCUUACAUCCUGUUGGCACCCCUGGGCCUCUCACACCUCCACGGGAGGCCUCUGGGGCCUCCCCCAGUCAGAAGGACAGAGGAGAGUGGACAGACAUUCCAGCUUCCCUGACCCCGAUGCUCCUCCCAGAGAGUGACACCUGAAAACGAGAUUUCUCCAGCCUGCAGCCCCGCUGGGCUCCUGAAAGGACCCACAGCCCCCUUUGAGAUGGGACGCACUGGUGCGCCAUGGAAACCCUCCAGCGGGGAGGCCCUUGAAUUUAUUCCUCUGGGACUGAGCAUCCACUUCAGCCUCCAGAGGACAGGCCCUGAGGCUGGGAGCAGAACUGGUCAACCAGAGCCCUUCUCUUGGACUGGCAUGGGCUGAACUCUGAACCCCAAGCUCCAGGCCUGCUCCUCCCAUAAUCUGUUUCACAUAACAGAGCCCUGGGCCAUGCUGGGCACUGUGCCCCCGUGUACAUUUAUUUAUAUUUAUUGGAGCCUGUCCACACCAUCUUUUCGAGCCCAGCCCACGGCCUCUGGAAUCAGAGUCCCUGGUCCCUCCCUGCAUCCUGGCUACCGUAGCUCCUGAAUUACUCUGGGGAAUCAUGACUCCAACUGGCCCUUAAUCCCUUGGCAGCCUGGGACCGCUUUUUAGAAGAUAAAGCACUUUUGAUACUACGGAACAUCCUCUUUUUCCAAAUCAGAGACAGAUAUUUCUCUGACUGCUCAGUCGUGAUUCAGACUUCUUCCCAUAUGCACCUGAGCGGAGAGGUGCCAUCCACAGUUUGGGGCUACGGGGCUUUCUAAGGGCAGAUCGGGAGGGGGAUGGGAAGAAUGACAGGGGGCAUCUGUGCUGGCAUUUAAGACACUCCUGAUGGAAAAAAGCAAACUGAACCAUGUAAAGCUUGACCAACAAGGCGGGUGGGGGCUGACAAAGCUGCAAUGCAGAGUAUUUAUUGGCACUUGUUUGCCUAUUCAUUGCCCUAUGACCAUUUUUUAUGUGUUCCUUUUUUUUCUCUUGUUACCAAUUACUGAUUUUGCAAGUGGCAGAUUCUGCAGACAGUGGGUUGGAGGAGGGACAGAGUGUGAGUUGGGGAAAAAGAGAAGGUAACUCGGGAUCUUCCAGCCAAGUGGAUGCCGAGAAACUGCAGUAGUGGCUCGUACCACUGUCCUCUCUUGCCCAGCUGGAUGUUUGGCUCCUGUGUCUGGGAGUUCCCAAACCCAAGAGCCAGAAUUUUCAUCAGCCAGCCAAGCUGGAGGGUUCAAGGUUGAGGCUGGUCUCAGAGGACCAUCUUUAAGGACUUCCUACCUGGUUCUGGAACUUUCUGCCUAGUAUCCAUCAUCUUUAGACACGGUGUGGUGCUGCCCAUCUGAGCAGUACCGCCCAGCUGCUUUGUGUGACGAGACCCCCGACAAGUUAAGAUAUUUGUUAAUGAAGACCUCGUGUGUGGACGAUGCCAAGAUCCAUGAGAGUAGUGUUGAAUAACUGUCUUUUGUCAAUAAAAGCUGGACGGCAGCUCUGUGGCUCAGAGGGAGAUGUGAUGGGGGUGAAGGACAAAAUGCCAUCUGUCACUCACUCCUCACAGGUGAGGUCCCAUUUACAAAUGGGGAAACUGAGGCCCAGGCAGGCAACAGCACAGCAACACUGAAUCCAGGUGUCUGAUGCCAGGUUCUCAUCGCACCAGAAACUGGGAGGAAAAAAAAAAAAAAAGAAA